AUGAUUGUCCCCGGCGAUGUUAUCGAAGACCACCCCCUGGUGAUGGGUCCCGGGGUGUAUGAGGACCACGACCGGGCCAUCCCCACCGUGGCAGGCUACUACCACACCCAGAAACGGAAACAAGGGCUUGUCGCCUACGUUGAGUCCGCGGGCAAACACUACGUGCCUCAUCUCCACGACAUGGUCGUGGGCAUCGUUGUCGGCACCAUUGGUGAAUCAUACAAAGUCCAGCUUCAGGACUUCUGCCAGCCGGUGCUCUUAAGCUUUUACUCCUUCGCUAACGCUACCAAGAAGAACCGCCCUCAACUAAAACAAGGGCAAGCAGUGUACGCUCGGAUAUCGCAAGCCAUCCCUGAAAUCGAUAUUGAAAUUGAAUGUGUCGAUGCCGCCGGUAAGGACGGCGGGUUUGGUCCCUUGGACGACCAAGGGAUGGUGGUGGACAUCGGCAACUUGGCCUACGCUCGUGAGCUCUUAUUUAACCAUAAACUGCCGGUGCUUGAACACCUUGCCACUAAAUGCAAGUUUGAAGUUGCUGUCGGCACCAACGGCAAGGCGUGGAUCCGUGCUGGUGAUGCCGCCAACCCCAACUUACGAGGCACCAUCGCUGCCGCCAACUACGUGGUGGAAAUGCAACACCACCCGGCCGAGGACGCUGCCGAGGUGUUGGACCGGGUAUGGGCCCAAUACCAAGUCGACGAGGACGUCGACCACGAAUGA